AUGAAAACUUGGAUCUGUAGGAGGACAGUUCCGUCCGAAAGUACAAAUUUUAAAGCACAUGCAGCACCUAACGUCAAUACGUACGAAGGUUCUCUGCACAAGUGUACAAACAGCCCACCAGAAGUAACGAACUUCCUCAUCUCCGUCAACGUCCAAGCUGCCUGCGUCGCCGCGCCUCACGCCCAAGCAACUGUCCGCACCCAAGCAGCCCACGCCUCCACCAGUAGACGCACGAGCAGCUCGCGCCCAUGCCGUCGCCGCACCGGCCGACGCAGCCCGAGCUGCCAAAGCCCAGCAGCAGCUCACGCCCAAGCCGCCCCGAAGCCCAAGCAACUCUCCGCGUCCAAGCAGCUCACGCCUCCAGCAGUCGACGCACAAGCAGCUCGUGCUCAAGCCGUCGCCGCUUCAAGUUCACGCUCAAGCACACCGGCAGACGCUGCCGGAGCUGCCAAAACCGAAGCAGCUCGUGCCCAAGCAGCAACUCGCGCCCAAGAAGCUCACCCUCCGGCAGUCGCAGGUGCUGUGGUCUUUGGGCCGCUGCCCAGCUGCUGCAGCGGUGGAGGAAGGUCAAUGCGUACUAUGGUAAUACCAGCUCAACAGCAAUACGAGGUCUGCGCUAGUGCAUAUACCGUGUAA